UCAAAGGUAUAUAAUCGGAAAAUUCUCGUCAAUCCUUACUAUACAGAUGGACACUAGAAGCUAUCUAUAUUUGCGAAAAACGUUCUAAAUUAAGUAAUAAAAAGACUUGUAGCCGUCUAAUGAAUAUCGCCUGUGCGUAUGAAGAAACAAUGGUGCUAUGUGUCGUGUAAAGCUCGACAGUUAAACAUAAGAAGUAAGAAUAAAGACAUCCAUAUAUAUGCGUCAGGAAGAUGAUACAGUUCCACUGUACAUGCGAAUGUGUGUGUUCAAGCGUCAGGGCGUGUCCAGGCCUGAGUUGAGGCAAAGGACGAUUGGCAGUCGUUUAGAGGCAUCUGGAAGAGUCGGUUGACAAGAAGCGUGCGUGCGAGUGGAUUUACGAGGUCUUCGGAGUAUAAUACAUGUGUAUAACUGUUGUGUGUGAAAUAAAGUGAAUUAUUUGAAUUUCCGAAUCCCUCCUAUAUCUUUACAAUAUAUUAUUGCAUUAAUUGAAGCAAGAUGAAGUUUGCAGAACAUCUGUCUGCUCACAUUACGCCUGAAUGGCGUAAGCAAUACAUAAGCUACGAGGAAAUGAAGGCAAUGCUCUAUACUGCUGUAGAAGAAGCACCGUCAGCUGAAAGUGUUGUUCGUGAUAUUUCGAUCGCACCGAUAGAAAGUUCUGAUCAAACGCAAAUUUUUCGUAUGAUGGGUGAAGAAGAAAAUGGUGUACUCAAUAGAGAUUGUCCCUAUUUGGAAACAGCUGUACACCCUCGGAUAUAAAGUUGAAUAAAAGUGGCAGUUAAGCAGUACCAGGAUGAAGUCUGCCAAUACCUCACUGAUGCUAAGGAGUAACACGAUCCAGCUAUAGCUUACAGAGUUUGUAUUCUGUAAAAAGACAAUAGUUCGUAGUCAUUUAUCAAUUUAUCAUUUAUCAAUUUGUCAUUUAUCAAUUUUGAUAAAUAACAAGAGAUGUAAAAGACAUGUAAACUGCGUAAAAUUCUCGGAAGAAUUAGAAAGAAGAUAUUAGUGUUAGAGAACAAAGAUAUAUCACGAUUAUUCUUAAAUAGAUUGAACAAGGAGAAAAAGGAGAAAAAGAAGAUUCAUUGGACAAUCAUAAACAAAAACAAAAAAUUAUAACAUACUAGAAGUAUAUUAUAAAUGAUGGUCUUUGCAAUUUGUAAUGGCAUACGGUACUUUCAUUUUAUUAAUGAUUGAUGUUACUUUAAUUACGAGGUCAUUAGCGACAAUUACAUUUGAUUAUUUACAUUAAUCUGGGUUAUUAAUCACCUUAGACUUUCUAUAAAUUUUGGCAUUUUAUGAACCUUUUUCGACUUUAAAUAUGGUAAUUAUCUUCAACAAGGAAUUUUAGUGCAUAUUAUAUUGUAAAAUAUAUAUUUACGAUUUAUAGAUAUAUAAUCUUUAUUAUCACUAGAAUAUAAAAUAUGGAAUAAUUUAUUGUAAUAAUUAAUAUAGAAUAAUUUUUAUUAUAUGGUAUAAUAAAAUUAUAUAUUUAUUACUCAAUAUGUUUACGUUUAUUAUAUAUUUUUCAACAGAUAAAUAAUAAAUAGUUUUAUUACACGUA